GUAAGAGAAGCUCAGUCAGCUGUCACAAUCUGGACGGCGAGAGGAGAGAGCACAGGCGAGGAGAAACACACGACCACAGCUGAAAAAAUGUCUAGUUUUUCCAACAAGUUCAGCGCCUACACGAUGACUCAGCUCAACGAAAUUCUGGAGGACGACGAGAAACUCACAAAAAUGGUCCAGGAGAUGGACGAGAUGCAGGAUGUCCAGCAGAGCAAGGAGAUGACGCUGGUGAACAACCGGACCCUGGCGGAGCAGAACCUCGCCCUGCAGCCGCAGCUGGAGCACAAGAAGGAGCAGCUCACCAAACGCUACAGCAGUCUCCAGGAGAGCUUCGAGUCCUAUCAGAUGCGCAAGUCCAGCCUAGACAGCAAGUCAGGAAACACCUCCCUGGAUAUUUUGCUGGCCCUGCUGCAGGCGGAGGGAGCCAAAAUAGAAGAGGAGACAGAGAACAUGGCCGAUUCGUUCCUGGAUGGCGACAUGACCCUGGAUUCCUUCAUCGAUUCCUACCAGAGCAACAGGAAGCUGGCUCACCUGAGAAGAGUGAAGAUCGAGAAGCUGCAGGAGAUGGUGCUGCAGGGUCAGCGGCUGCCGCAGGCGUCCGUCCCUACCUCACGAUCCCAGGAUGUGUCGGUGGCAGCCAGACCCUCACCCUCCUCCUUCCUCAACGAGGCCACUAACGGCUCCUCCCCUGUAGCCCAGCCAAGGCGGAAACCCCCACCUCCUCCAUCCCAGCCGGCCCCAAUUCUAAAUCCAUCUCCGACCGCUGCCCCCCAGCCUCCUGUCUUCUACUCAGCAUCUCCGUACCCACCGAUUCCUCCCAGAACGGGCCAGCCCUUCCCCAACGUCUCCUCCGGCUACCCGAGCCACUUUCUAUCCCAGUACCCCCCUGCUCUGCCCCAGCGGCCCGCACCUCGCAUGGCCCCGCAGCCCGGCUUCAUCAUGCAGUAAACAACAGCAGUUUCCACUCAGAGGACGCAGUUUGUGUGUCACGGACCUUUCACUACUGGAGCUCCUGUGAGAACAAUUUUUUCUAUGUCGUCGACCUUCUUGGAAUACGACCAAUCACAACGCAAGAAGGCGGGACCCCGCAAUGGCUGGUCUGGUCACGUUCAGCUGAGGCAGACCUCCAAUAAUCUCUGUGGAUUCUCGUUCACAUCUCACUCCCAUCAACACUCCUAAUGUAAAAAGAAAAAAAGAAAAAGAUGACGUGACGAGAUCGACUUCGAGUCUCGCGAGUCCCGUCAGUGGAUGGGCCCGGUGCCGGCUGUAGUGUCAGUUCUGUGGGUCACUGAGCCGGGACUCUUCAUUUAUCAGCACUUUCUGUCUCCUGGUAGUACCUUCGACUCUGCGUGCCCAUUAGUUUUCAGUCUCUCACCUCCAUUCAGACAUUUUCCUCAAGCUUUUACAGAAUAAUGAAGAAAAAAAAAGGGUUUGAUUUAAUCAUUUCCAUCUGCAGCAUACUAAUUCACUGGUAAUGUAUAUGCAAAUAAAACGAGACCCUAAUUACUGUGCAGUUUUGAUUAAAAUAUAAUUUUCCCAGAAUAUAUUCAGGCGAAACUGCAUCUAUGCUGUGGAUUUUUUUUUUUUUUUAAUCGGAAAUUUCACAAGGUACAUAGAACGAUUUGAACUUCAGCCUCUUUUUUUUAUGAUAUCAAACUAAUGGGAGUUAUGUUAAUAAUAGCCAGGAUAGACUGAUUAAUGUGUAAAAGGAAGGGCUGUGAUUGGUGUAUCUCUGCUUCAGCUCGAGGGUUUGUCUCGAGACCUGCCUGGUCCAAGACGGCUGACCGUCGUACUUGAUCCGUUUCAGGGGCAGAAGUCAAAAGAGAGUUGAAGAAGAGGACGAGUGGCUGAGCUGUUGUAACAAAUGCCGAGGCCUGCGGAGCCUUGCCUGAAAUGAAGGAUUUGUGUAUAGCCAUACAGUACACUCCUGGUGUGUGUUGUUUUCUGUGGGUUCCUGUUGUAAUUUACACUCCUCUUUUGAUGAUGUCCGUUGUCUUCAACACCCUCAGUUUGGACUGGAGUUGAUGCCAACAGUUCUUUGGAUCUCAUACAUGUGAUCCUUGUUCAGUUUCCCGUCACACUGAACACCAAAGACUUCCCACAUCACUCUGCGUUCAAACCUUUUCCUUUUUAUUCUGUGUGAAACAUGUAGUGGAGUUAAUCGACCAUUGUUCCCCCGACAUAUCUCUGUUUGUGAUGUUGUUGUGCUGAAAAACAAGCCACAUUUCUCCAAGGGGAAACUGGCAAGAUCAACCUGGCUUUGGGAGGAAAAUUUUCUCUGGUGCGAUAGAAAAAUUAACUUUUUGUUUUCCUCCCGGCUGCUGUCGCUGUGCACUGUUGAAGAGCCACGAGUGCCUACACUUGAAGUGACGUUGAUCACGUCCUGCUGACUUACUCCCAUGUUUCUCUUUGCUCAGCUGUAGAGGCAAGAAUCCCCCCUCCACCCACCCACCCACCCUCCUUUUCAGCCCUUAAAAGAAAAUAAAAUGGCCAAACAUUUGUUUUUCUCCUCCUCCUGCUGCUGCUGAUUUCAUGUUCCACCUCUAAAGUAGAAAGAGGCAGCGUCUGACUGUGCAUCUGUCAGGCUUUGCUUCCUCACUUAAAGAAGCUGCAGGCCAGAAGAGAUCGAUACUGAACAUGUGCCAGAGAGACGAGAGACGCCCUCCGGCUGUGUGCCGAUUGGUGCUUGUCCUUCUCUUCCAUUCCUCCUCCUUUUUUGUAUCGAGGGGUUUGCCUGGGGUGAAUUCUAGAGAUUUGUGCAUGUGGUUUUUGUCUUUGUUUUUUUUCUAAUUGGUGACAUAACAGGGCUCUGAAAAUGUUUUGUGUCAUAUCUGGGUGAUGAUAGUUCACCUCCACGGCGAAGAAGUGAACCACUGACUGGACAAACGCGUAUUUGUCUUGUCAGCAGGCAAAACUUACAAAAAUAGCCGAAGCUGAAGCAUCAACGUCUCGAUGAACCAGCAUUUCUAACAACUAACAAUGGAUAAUUCUUUUGUGCAUGGCCUUUUCCUCUUUAAUACUUUUUAUGUUUUGUUUUUUUUUUGUUUUUUUUUAGCUGUCGAGCUGCUUUUUAUGUUCGAACUGAUCCUCUGUAUCCAUUGUUUUAUAUGUGACUGGUGACAUUUUCAGUGUAAUGUUGUAGGUAUUUACUUAUAAUGAAUGUUUAAGUGGAAUUUAAUGCUAUUUUCAAGUUCAAUAAAUCUCCAAUUUUUUUAAUA